UUUUAAACUACUACAAAUAUAAUGGUAAAAAAUUGGCCACUGAACGCUCCCAGAGAGUGCCAGAUCUGCCUUGAGCCCCUGCUCACGCCGUACAUCCUCGAAUGCGCUGAUAUGUUCUGCUGGGAAUGAAUCAGGAGUUUCUGUGAGUCACAGAAAAUAAGAGGGUUCAACCCAGCAUGUCCUAUCUGUAUGCAUGACAUAAAAAAAAACUGGUUAGCCGACUUACUUAAAGGGAAUGCACCUCCUCCAGUCAAGCUAGACGAAGCUCUGGGUUUUAACCCUAUCAUGCCUGUGAGGUAAGCUAAGCACAAAGAUGUGUUCCCAGUGAAGCCAGAGAGGCAGUUUUAGCCUUAAAACCUUGGUUUGUUUGUGUAGUAAUAACCCUAGAGUCCUCAAUCUCUCCGUAGUUGAUCUACUUCGUGUAUACAUUGAGCCAAAACCUGACCCGGAAGUGAUAGAAUGUAGAUUUCUCCUCGGGCGUUCUCAGUAUGUGAUAUAGGUCAAGAACUCCCAGUAGCAGUUUACAAAAAUAGCAACGUUUCAGCCUCAUUAGACGAGAGCAACUUUGGAAUAAACAGCCAAGACCUUGGACUUUGCUAUGAAGGAGAAGCACAGUGCCCGAGAUGAACAGUGACUUGUCAAGUUAAAUCAAGCAACACUUUUUGUCAAUGAGAAUUAUGAGAGCAUCAGUUCUGAAUAAUCUGUGAGCAGGAGUAUGAACUAGGCCAUCGAUUCAACCCCUUCGCAGCAUGUGGCAAAAGGUAUGCAACGAAACCAAGAGCUCUCUGAGCGGCCGUCACUUUGUAUUUGUGGUGAGACAUCUUUAUCUAUCCCCACUUUGUAUUCCUUACUCCGAUAGUUAAGAGAAUGAAGUGCACAAGAGGAUUUUGAGGUAAUAUUUGGGCUCUUACUCUGAUAAUAGUUCUGAUUCUGAUGUUUAUUUUUGGCCUUAUAACAUCCUCAUUAGGUAUUUUUAUGUCUCCUAUUCUCGGAUGACAAAGGUACAAAAUUCUUACACGAAAAUCUCAAUAAUUUCAAUAUAA